AAUUUUUGUUUUGGCCAGAUAAUAAUCAUGUUUUGUUUCUGUCAUUCUCUUUUUUACCAAUUCUUUGUGCGUUACCUGUGUGUUUUCAAGUUCUACUGAAAGGCAUAUAUAUUUAAUACGAGGAUGAAUUUCUAAUUCAAUUAGUUGUUAGAUUUUAAGAUUUUGGUAUAAAUUUUGAAACUUUAGAAUAUAUUAGGGCAAGAUUUAUAUUCUACCUCAGUUUCUUAUUUCCUUGCUUUGGGGUAUGUAAGAGAAAAGAUGUGAUUACAGAAUAAGAAAAAAAGAAUUUUUUAAAAAAUAAAGGUAUUUUCUAUUUCUGGGUUUUUUUUUGCUGGAGCUUUUCUGUGCACUACUGCCACCAUCCACGUUUACUGUCACUAUCAUCACAAAGUUCCACCACCGCUGCCAUCACAGCUUCUGGAUUUUAUUAGAAAAGUAUGAACUGAUGGAAGUUUUGAGGAUGGACUCAUCACCAACAAGUAAUAAUGAGAAGAUGGAUGAACACUUGGAGAGUAGUUGUUCCAUAAUUUUACUUUCUAACGAUUCCGAAGGAAAUAAUGAUGAUGACCACGCAACAUCAACAAAGACAGACUCUAUUUUUGAAGAAGACUGGAAAUGUGAAACUUGCUCUGAUGAUGAUCUACACGAGCCUAUAGUGAAGCUAAAGAGGCCUAAGAAGAAAAUUAGAUUAGCUAAAGAUAGUAAGAAGCAUAAUUACCAGCCGAGUAAUGCACUAGCUGAAAUUAAAGUGCAAGAGGUAGCUGCAGCUUCUAAUGUAGACAUGGUUCGUGAUAUCAGCAGAAAAGAUAUGGUCAAUAAAUCCAAUGGUAAAGACCUUCAGAUGCUUAGAAAAAAUAACGCUACUUGCGAAAAGUCUAUAAAAGAGCCUCAGGAGAAGCUAGUAGCAGAGCAUAAUUACCAGUCCAGUAAUGCACUAGUUGAAAUUAAAGUGCAAGAGGCAGCUACAACUUCUAAUGUAGACAAGAUUCGUGAUAUCAUCGAAAAAGAUAUGCACAAUAAAUCCAACAGUCAAGACCUUAAGAUGCUUAGGGAAAAUGGCACUGCUUACGAGAAGUCUAUAAAAGAGCCUCAGGAGAAGCUAGUAGCUGAGCAUCGAUAUCCUACACAAUCUGCAUUCGGUCAACUCAGAAAGGAGAAAUAUGCAAAACUUCGUGCAAGACAGCAGGCAAGAAUAAUGGAAACAAAGAAAAGAAGGGAGAGUAAUGGGAAAAUGGGAUUGAAGAACAAAUGCGAUGUUCCCCUUUUAAGUCCAGUAGGAGUAUUUAUACCGAAGAAGAAAAAUUCUCAUGUUCAAUUGAAGACCAAAAAUGCUGAAAGGGCAUUAUUGCAACCUCCUAAACACACUCUUGAAGGUGCAGAGGCUGGAAAUUCAUCUAGCAUGAGUUUGAUGAGUGGCAGGAAUAAGACUACUCUUAACACAUUAUCUCAUUUAGAGAAUAGUUCAAGUUCAGGUAUAUCAAGACAACCAACAACAACACCACUAAAGAAGCCAUCCGGUGUGGUGAUACAGAGAGACGAUGACAAAACCGGUAACUGGACCGAGUCGGAACUCGAUGCACUGUGGCUCGGUGUUCGAAGGCAUGGCCAAGGAAACUGGGAAGCAAUCAUUGCUGAUUCACAUUUGGGAUCAUCCUCCCUACUUCUCAAAACUCCCAAACAACUUUCCACAAGGUGGACAAAAGAGACCUUCAAAUUCUUCCCAUCUUAUCAACUACUUGCUCCAUCAUCACGGCCGCCGCCGCCACCGCCGCCACCACCACCACCACCACCACCACCACCUUCUUCAUUAGAGAAAAAUAAAGAGAAGAAGGUGGUUUAUGAUACCGCGGCAACUACGACGAAGUUGAUGCCGACUGAUCUUGAUAGGGUUCCUCCUCAUAUGUAUUUGGUGUAUGGGAUUAAGAGGAAGCCUUAUUUCACUGUUGAAGAUCAAAGCUCAAAGCAGAGGAACAUCAAUAUUCCUUCAGUUUCUGAACCCGCAGCCGGUGUUCAAGAAUGUUACUCUUCAGGGUUUUCUCAUCAAGAAGCUCAUCUUGCAAGUGCAAAUGUUACUCCUCAAAAGGCAUCAAUGUCUGGAGUUUCUCAUGAAGUGAUGAUUCAGCAUGCAAGUGCACCUCCUCGUCAAAGGGCAUCAUCACCAGUUUCUGGGUUGGCCCCUGUUGAAGAAUCUUCCUCAAAGGUUUGUGAUGCGAAUCAAAUUGCAUUAUCAAGUGCGAAAAAAUUACCAGAAACAGAAGCAGAAACAGUAGUGAUCUCUAUAUCAAAGGGUAAGGAAGCUUCAACAAGUGCUGCUGACGACGACGAUGAUGAGACUAAACCUCAGCAAAGGCUCCUUUUGGGUGGUCAAUUCCAACUUUCUGAUAUUCUUGAUCAGAUGAAGAACAAAAAAAGUAAUGCAGAAAAGAAGAAUAUUGAAGCUGAAGCUGGUACUAGCUCCAAUCCUUACCAUGUUGAUUCAGAUUAAACUCUCUUUCUCUCCAAUCCUUUUCAUGGGAUGAUGAAUUUAUAUGUAUGUAUAUAUGUAUGUUGGGUGUAAUUUAUGCUUUGAC